GAGCUGGAAGCAUUUACGGAGGGCAGUUUUAUCCAGCUCACAAUCUCAGAUCAUCUGUUCCUCGGUGGCCAUCCCAACCCAGAUCACCUCUCUGCGCUGAUACCCGACGCUGACCACCUCUCCUCAUACAAAGCUGUGCUCGGACUUACGGGCUGCAUCCAAAUGGUUUCAGUAAAUGGCCGAAUUCUGCGCCUUAUUAAGGAUGCGGUGAACGCCACUAACAUUGGAAACUGUGACGGCCACAGUUGUGCCGCCCAGAAUCCCGUUUGUCACCCAUCUACCGAGUGUCUGCCGCAAGCCAUCAACGUAAAAGCGCUGAAGAAACUACUAUUUGAUGGAUACAGUUAUUUGAAGUUCAUGGACACCAUUUCGCCCUCAUUAGUGAUGAAGGAGAAGUUUACAAUUGAACUGACUCUGGAACCUGGAAUCAUCGCAAAAACAGAAACUAACAACACCAGGCGAAUCCUCCUCUUUCUGCGAGCUAGGAAUGCAGGCGUGACUGUGUACGUGACGCUGUCGGUGACACAGAACUGGUCACUGGAAUUGGAGGCAUUACAGUUUUUCUCCUCAAGACUUCUACAAGCCCCCUCUCUGCAGAUGCCACUUUUUCCGCGCCGACAGGGUUUACGAAAGUCUACCAAACUCAUAGCUCAUAGUGUACGGGCUAUCACGCUCAAAAGGUGGGAACUGAGAGUUUUUCUCGUCCGGUUAUACUUCUUUGACGCAUAA